ACAAUAUUAUAAUCAUAUUGGGUCCAUAUACUAUGCAAAUUGUGAAAAUAUUACAUGUCUUUAUUGCGGUACUGUUAUUGACCGCCAUUUUAUGUCCAACAUCAAUAUUAGUGCAUGUAAUUGAUGAUAAUAAACAUACAAGUACAACAACAAUUAUCAAUAAUAAUCAACAAGAACAACAAUAUAUUGACAAUACAACAAUAACAUCAACGAAAACAACAACAUUAUUUAUAUUAGAAGAACAGACUACGAAUCAUCAUCGAGUACGCCGUAACAUCCAUGAUCCAUUAAGUAAUCCAUGGUUACAUUCAAAACAAGAAUUAUUAGAAUUAUUGUGGAAAAGAGGGAAUGAAUUACACAAGGACGAUAAUGAUAACGAGAAUUUAGAACAAGACGAAGAUCAUCAAACAUCAUUAUCAACAGUAACCGAACAUCAUCAAUCACAACAACAUCAUCAUAAUAAACAUUUAACAAUGUCUUCGUCAGCAUCAUUAAAUCAUAAUAAAAAACAAAAUAAAAGAAUGAAUAAUAAUAAUAAAAGUGAUCAAUUAUUAAUUGGUAAAUCAAUCGAUUGUUGUCCAAGUGUAUUAGAAAUGGUUGAACCCCAUGGCGGUACAAAUAUCAAUGGAACAUACGUAGAGCUAUAUCAAGAUGGUUCCGUUAAACAACGUUUUUAUGAACUGUCAUGUGAUCGUUUUGUUGAAGGUAAACCAUGUUUAUUUAUGGAUCGUAAAUUAUAUAAUAUAUCAAAAUGUGUACAGAAAUAUUCAUAUUCAUAUGCGUUAGUACGUGAAAAUGUGAAAACCACAUCAACAAGUAGUACGAUUAGUUCGACAACAAGUAAACAACAUCAUCAUAAUCAUAGACAUAAUAAUAAUUUUAAUAGUGGAUCCGGUUCUGGAUGGAUGUUAGACUAUAUACGUGUGAGAAGUGGAUGUAGUUGUGAAGUGACACCUAUCAUUUAUAAAAAGAAACGUACUAAUAAUAAACAUAAAAAGAAUAAAAUUAAAAAACAUGGCUAACACUCGAAUAAUCCAAGAGAAAUAAACAAUAUGGGCGAACAAAUAUUUGUAGCAGGCUAAAUUUUUACGUAUACUCUCUUCGUCAAUAUAUUUUUAACAGUUAGUCUCAUUCUCAAUGUAAUCAUCACAUGUAAUGUUAUAGUAAUAACACUUGGAAUGAUAUAACUGAUACACGUUUAUAAUGACACAAAGUAAUACUUUUUUUGAAUAAUGUAUUAAAGUUCCUGAGUCCUGUACUGAUGCGCGUCAGGAAGGGGUUGCACUUGCACCCCCUGCCUUGAAGGAAAAUAUACAGAUAAAGAUUAAAAAUUCAUUGUCCUCCUCUGCUCUUUUCCACUUUAAUCCCAUAAAGAAAAUCAUGUCUCACCAUUAGUUAAACGUACAGAAAAAAAUACGCUCAAUUCAGUUGCUUCCAGAACUUUUUCUGUUCUUUUUGUCACAGUUCACGAUUCGCAUGCUUACAAUCAAACAGGCCAUACAUAACACUUUAGCACCCAAGACUUUGUUCUUUUAGAAAUGUUUUUAUUUGACCAUUACAACCUGAACUUAUUAAAAGCCUUCACGGGGGUCGUACGCCUGUUGAUCUUAUGUGCACAUCUACCGUCUUUUUAAUUCUGAAAAACUCUUCUUUUAUAUUAGUAAGACUUUUUAAGUCUUUUCUUUGAAAUAUUUUCACAAGUGUUUCUAAACCUUUCAUAAAAAAGAAACCAUACCUAAAUAGCUGAAGAGUGAAAACAUUACGGAACUCUGCCACGUUAUUCUUGAAUAAUACUUAAGAAUAUACAAGAAUUUAGUCUGCUACAAAGAUUUUUCCAGCGUUCAAAUUUGUUUAAUGUUUAUUUUUCCUGGGUUAUAUAAUUAUUAAUUUAUUGAAUUAAAUACAUUUUAUUAUACCAAAGUAUUUUUUAAUUUUAUAACAUUAUACAUAAUAUAUAAUCACAGUUUAUAACAUUCAAGCAGUUAUCUUAGCCCGCUCACUUUUUUAGGUCCAUUUCGUAGAUUUUUUACAAGCCUUCGAAUCCCUAUCUAUCCUCUAUCUUACUUUUGCUUAGAUAGAGGUAAAUUCAUCUCUGUUUAACAAAUUAAUUGUAGUACCUAAGGUAAAAUUCCCAUUCUUUCAGGUGUU